AUGUCUUCGAAUCAGAUAUCGGGAGAAGAUCGUAACAACGCGGUCAUCAUUCAGAGGUUACGGGCUGAAAACGAAACGUAUCAGAGAAAUUUUGAUAAUUUAAAAAGAGAAUAUUUGGAUUUAUACAAUCAAAACAAUGAACAAUAUUUGAGAUGGAAAACGCAACUCGAGAAAAAGUCCAAAGAAUUCGAGUCAUUACGAAACCAAUUCGACAGAGAUACACAAGAGCUUCAACAAUUAAAGAUGAAAUUAAUGGAAGAAUUGGAAUUACGACAACGACUCGAGAGAGAAAUAGACGAAAAUGACAAAUUUCGAGAAAUGUACUCUGAGUUGAGACGUGAAUAUGAAAUGGUCAAGAAUGAACUCUCUCAAAAAUUGAAAAUGUCAGAGAAGCGAUACGAUGAGUUGAAAACCGAUUAUGAAGAUAAAAUUCAAGAAUUGGUCAUGCAACUCAAUGACCAAACGAUCCAAAUGAAAUCAUCGAAAGAGACCAUUCAAAUCAAGAAACUCGAAGAAGAAAAGGAAGAAUUAUCAAUUCAUGUCCAAAAGCUUUUAAAAGAAUUGACCGAUGUUCGAGAGGAAAAAGCUCAAGCCGUCGCAGCAAAGGAACAAGCCAAUUUGAUGAACACUCAACGAUACUCUGAACUUCUUUCGAAAUGUCGUAAUUUAGAGACACAAAAUGACAGACUUCAGAAGAAGUGCGAACGCUUGCAAUCUGAACUCGAAGAAGUGACUCGAAACAAUGACCGAAUGCAUGAUCAAAUUUUAAAACUAGAGAAGGACUUAACUUCGGCAAAAAGCAAGCUCGAGGAGACUGAAAAACAAUUCUCACAGGAACGAAACACCAUAAAAGCCAACCAAAUUCAACGAGAGCGAGAAUAUGAACGAGAUCGAAAUGUUUGGGCAAACAAGUUGAGCGAGGCCAAUAAGAGAAUAGAAGAUUUGCAACAGACCAAACAAGACCUUAUCAAUCAAUCCUAUGACAUUCAUAUCAAGGAAAAUGAACGUCUUCAUGAAGCCCUUCGAAAAGAAACUGAGAAGUAUCUCCAACUUGAAGUGGAAAAGAAUGAUUUGAAACAAGAGUUAAUGGCAAAAGAGAAAAAGUCACAACAAGAGUUGCAAGAGGCUGGUUAUGAAAUCACACGACUUCGUAAAGAGUUUGAAGGUUGUAAAGCGGAGGCUCAGACAUUUAAGGAUGAGCGUGACUAUCAAAUCGAUAAGAAUGCACAUUUACUCAAAGUGGUCGCCGACCUAAAGUUAGAUAUGGACUCCCUGAAACAAAAAUACCAAGAUUCGUCUCUGAGAAUUGAAAAAUUAACCAAAGAUUAUUCCUCUGCGAAAGAAAUUGCCAAAAAGUAUGCUUCUAAAUGUUCCAAAAUUAAGGAAGCCUACAGGUCCAAAAUUUAUUCUCUUCAAAAACAAAUUGAAGAAUUGAAUGAUCAAUUGCUACAAUCUGAAGCUUCUCUCACGAAUAUGCAACAAAAUUUUAUAUCUGAGCGCCAACAAUUGCAACGCAAGUGUUUUGAUUUGGAGAGAGAAAGAGAUCGAUUCAAAAUUCUCAGUUCCCAACUCGAUCCUGUUCUGUAA